ACGAACCACAGACACAAUGGAGAAGGUCUUGUUCUUUUGUGUUUUUUCUUCCUGGAUUAUGCAAAUAAUUUCUAGUGAUGUUUCAGAACAUGAAGUGACUCUGUUAAGAGUCCAGCUGAACAAAAGCAUCAGUCUGAACUGCAACAUGACCGACAGAUAUGAAAUUGGCUGGUUUCACCAGCAUUCUCAACAAAUAACCCAACUAAUAUCUGCGGAGACUAGCGAGGUGUCAGGAAAAAGACUUCUAGUUAUGUACAAUCAAAACUGGAGUCAUCUGACAGUUGAUGUAGAUAAGGAGGUCACCAGAGUCUCUCUAGUUAUAACUGGACUAACAGAGUCAGAUUCUGGUCUUUAUUUCUGUGGAACAAAGUCUGUGACUUCAGAGAUGCACUUCGAAAAACCCAUCAGACUGGAGAUCGAGGGUAAGCUGACAGACAGAGAGGACAAACGGGUUUCUGUCACAGAACCGGCAGAUGUUGAGAUCACAGAUGGAGUGACUACCAAAGAGAGGGCACUGAUGUUUGGUGGUGUUGGUCUGGCUGUGUUUGUGUUUUUUCUGACUACAGUCAUCGCAGGAGGAAUCAUUUACCAUCGAGGUUGGCAGAAAGGAUUGAAAGCAGCGAAACAUACAUCUCUGAUGAGACAAAAAUCAGCUAAAUGACAAACUUGUGUGCUUUAUUUUACAAUCUGAGCUUUGCCAGUAAAAUUAGCUUUGCUGUAGGAUACCACAAAUGAAAAUAGAAAACUGUGACUCAGAUGCUUUUCCUGUUGGCCUGAUUUUCACUUCAGAGAAACUGAGAUGUUGGGGUAAAUGUUGUCAGGUUUGUGUGGUUCAUUUGUGCUUGUCAAUAAUAUUCAGUUAAACAUCAAACUGCUGCUACUGCCACUGUAUUUAAUGCAAUGUUUAUUCGUUUAAAAUAUAUAAACAAUGUUCAAGCUUAGAGUUCAAGUAGUAUGCUUUAUUCAACCAUUUUUACAUGUAGAGAAUAAGCUCAAAAAGAACAGCAAACAUGUUUGAAUAUCAUAGAGAAAUUAAAUGAAUAUUAUCUGAGAAAUUAAAUGUCUUUGUGCAUUUACUGGCAGAAAACCUGAUCAUUACUAAUGCUAAACCUCUUCAAGCACAACUGUAUAUGCAAUGACGACAGAUCUGACCUCACAGUUUCAGUAAAACAAAAAAGGUUUCACAUUAAUGCC